AUGCUCAGAAUCUCGUCGAAAACCCGUUUUCUGCCUGGUUGGGCUCUCAGAACCCGCAAAUUGAACACGUUGGUGAACAUUUCGUCGAGAAAGUCUGGAAGUUUUGGCGGGCCCUUUUCGCAAUUGCCAGAAUUCACUCCACUACAGGACAGCAUCUUGAUCUCUCUCCCCUCUUCAUGCACAGUUUACACAAAGACAGAUAAGGUCAGCGUGAUAAGUGCGGAUCCCAAUGUGAAUGAAAACCCUGUUAUAUUCAAGGACGCGGUACCGGGCUCGGGGUUUUCAAGGCUCUUUACGCGAGAGGAGCCUAUAAAUGCGAUGCUUGUCUCUAGCACACCUAUGUCAAACGUACUGGUCCUCGAGCUUGACGACUACAACGAGGGGUGGUACUUGGCUGAUCCUCAAAACAGCGUCAUUUGCUACAGCGGGGACCUAACUUUUGCAUCAGACGGACGUCAUUUGGUCGGCCGCGGGGUUGUGGCCGUCAGUGGAGAAGGACCCGUGUAUCAACUGCAGCUGGGCGAAAACGAGAGCAUCAUAGUCAGCCCUGACGCAAUCCUGGGCCAUGAUAAGAAAGUUCGCUUGGAAACGUCAGUCCUUGGCUCUCACGCGGGAAUACCUGAAAUUAUCAAGAAAUCGCUUUCCCAAUAUGCCCAAAGCUAUCUUGACACCCUCAAUAUAACGUGGCAUAAACUAUUUGCCAAAAGUCGGACUUUUUACCAGGCAACAGGCCCUGGUACGCUUCUCUUACAAACAUCCUUCGUCCCGGAGACGAAAGUGUUUACCGAUGACGACUUGUCUAAGGCAUUGAAGUGA